AUGCUUGUUCUGUCCGUGGAUGUAGGUGUUUCACCGAACCACGUUAAAUCGUCCGUGUCUCCUCGCAUUGCUAUAUCGAUCCAAUUCUACAUAAGAGCACAACAAAAUGGAGAUAUAUUUUUCAUAUGGAACUACGACGGGACAAUUGCAUAUAAUGACAUCAUGGAAGCUACAGAAGAAUUUGACAUCAAAUAUUGCAUUGGCACUGGAGGUUAUGGGAGCGUUUACAUAGCAAAGCUACCUACAGGGAACGUAGUAGCUGUGAAAAAACUUCAUCGCCAAGAAGCUGAGGAGAAAGCCUUUGAGAAGAACUUCACUAAUGAGAUACAUGUAUUAACAAGAAUAAGGCAACGGAACAUUGUGAAACUGUAUGGGUUUUGCUCCCAUCCAAGGUGUAAUUUCUUAAUUUAUGAAUACAUAGAUAUGGGAAGCUUAGCUUAUGUUCUUGGAAAUGAAGCAGAAACCGUAGAAUUGGAUUGGAAGAAAUGUAUAAAUGUCAUCAAAGGGGUUGCUCAUGCUUUGUCUUACAUGCAUCAUGAUUGCACACCACCAUUAAUUCAUCGGGACAUAUCGAGCAACAAUAUCUUGUUGGAUGCAGAUCUCGAGCCUCAUGUCACUGAUUUUGGAACUUCUAGAUUUCAAAAUCCUGAUUCAUCCAAUCGCACUAUAAUUGCAGGCACAUAUGGAUAUAUUGCUCCAGAGCUUGCUUAUACAAUGGUUGUGACGGAAAAAUGCGAUGUUUAUAGCUUUGGGGUAGGGGUAUUGGCAAUAGAGAUAAUUAUGGGAAACCAUCCGGGUGAACUCAUCUCUUCAUUAUCCUUUCCAAAUGCAAAAGACAUUAUACUAAAGGAUGUGUUAGACUCGCGUCUUCCACCACCAACACAAUUGGUAGCAGAAAAUCUGAGUUUCUCAAUGAUGCUUGGAAUUGCAUGCUUGCACACCAAUCCAAAAUCUCGUCCAACUAUGCAAUACGUGUCUCAGGAACUAGGAAGUCCUACGAACCCUGAUGGCAUCCCUUUUGCACAAAUUCAUUGUGGCAAUUAGGCACAUCAAAAUAAAUUCAAAUCCAUAAAGUUUCUUGUAAGUGGAUCAUAGAUUGCUAAGGUGUUUUCAUGAUGUAUUUAA